AUGGCUGAGCCUCCAUUAGAGGUUCCAGAUGAAUCCUUGAACCAUGAAAACGCAGACCAAACCCCAGAUAACCAGAAGACCAACACAGAGGAAGCAGGCCAGGUCCUUCACAAAGGUUCUGAACAUGCUGGGGUUGGAUCCUCUGAGCCAACUGGUGACAAGGUUUCAGGCCAAGGCACUAAUGCAGGGUAUAGACAGGCCACCCGAAGAACUUCUGAAGAGGCAGAGCAAAGAUCUUCUCAGUCAACUGAGCAAAGAUUGCCUGGCCUUGUGGAGAGGAGAGCGUCUCAGCCGGCGGAGCGCAGGCUCUCUGAAAGGAGAACCUCACAGCUACCCAGUCAGCCACUUCCCAGCAUAUCUGAGGGGAAAACCUCCGAGAGGAUAGAUGGCCAAGUGUCUUUGCCAUCUGGUGGGAGGUCUUCUGAGCAGGCUGACCCAGGAAGUUCGGAGCAGGAUGACCUGAGUUCAACAGAUGAAACUUACUAUGCUUCAGGAAAGAGUCAACGACAAACGGAUUACUGGUUUGAAGACCCUAGUAAUCCCCACAGGCUCAGUGAGGAGAUUGAAAGGGACAUUAUCCAAGUUAAACCAACAAUAGAAAAUCAUUCUGGCUACCGCUCAUACUACAAAACUCUUGCCCGCACUGAGAACCAAUCAUUAACUGAUAUCCAGGACAUCAGAGAAGUUGGCCAAAGAGUACAGCCUUGCACGUUUGAAGACAAUGAAACAGACAACCCAUCCAAAGUUUCAACUGCGGACGAAACAGAAAGCACAACCACUGUCCAGGCCUACACCCCAUACGACACUGAAAUCAUGACAGACACCCAGUCCUCGCGUGAAAAGCUCCCCUCCAUCACAACCAAUGUGUACUAUCCCUCCAGUCCAGAAAAAAUUCAAACCACAGAAUUCACUGCUGAUAUCACUACAGAAUUUGAGCAAAGAAGGAGUUCUCAAAAAUACAGUCAAAGUUACAGAGGACGGUUCCCUCUGAUUGUUUUUGAUGAUCCCUACCAGGUUGCACUCCGCUACAUGGAGAAGCACAGUGUUCUUCAGAUAUUCCAGCAGAUCACUGAAAAACUAGUCUAUGAAAUGCCAGACGACCCACUGCGUUUCAUGCUAGACCAGGUACAGGACAUGAUCAGACACAGAGACGAAAGGGAGGAGGACAUGAUCAGACACCCAGACGAAAGGGAGGACAUCUGA